AUGCCCUCUCCAUCGGUCAAGUUGGCCCUCACGGCCCUUUCACUUGUACAAUACGUCGUGGCCGCCCCAGCCCGCGCCGAUUCUGCUGUGAUCAUCAAGCGACAGGCCGAGCUACUUGACGAAUAUGACUUCAUCGUUGCUGGUGCCGGGACCGCCGGUCUCACUGUCGCCGACCGACUCAGCGAGAGCGGCGAAUACAAGGUACUCGUUGUAGAAUAUGGCUAUCUCGAUGGAUCUCACUCCAUCACUGCAAUGGGCCCCGAUGCGCAGCAGCCCGGAAACGUCGACUAUCCUAGCGGCACUCGCAUGUACAACAUCACCUCCCAGCCCCUCGUUCACCUGCACGGCCGAGGAAACCCAGUCGCUUGCGGUAGCGUUGUCGGAGGCAGUUCUGCCGUCAAUGGCAUGUUCUUCGACCGUGGCAGUGCUGAGGACUACGAUGCCUGGGUCCUAUCCGCCGGUGACGAGGCGGACGAGUACGCUCGCGAGUGGGGAUGGGAUAACAUUUACCCCUUCUUCCAGAAGAGUGUUACUUUCCACCCUCCUGACGAGAGGAUGCAAGAAGAGUACGGUAUGACCUACGACAACGCGGCGUAUGGUGGUGAUACUCCUAUUCACUCGAGCUAUGCGCCAUUCCAAUGGCCCACGACUAUUGGUAUUUGGAAAGCCUGGGAGACCAUCGAGGGUGUCGAGUUUCCCAAGGAACAUGCCGACGGCAAUGCCACCGGCGUCUACUGGUGCCCCAAUUCCAUUGACCCUAGCGACCGCACCCGCUCAUACUCGCGCCGCGGCCAUUACAACAACGGCGCCAACAAGCGAACCAACUUCCACCUCCUCCCCGCCCACCGCGUGACCAAGGUCGUCCUCGAAGAAGUCGAGGGUGAUGAGGAACGCCCCUACCGUGCCACUGGCGUUCACAUUGCGCCCCGCGACGGUCCCCUAUGGGAGAGCGGCCCCGUCUUGAUUAAGGCCAAGAGGGAAGUCGUCGUUUCCUCCGGUUCUGUUCAUACUCCUCAAGUUCUACAACGAAGCGGUAUCGGCCACAAAGAUGUGCUCGAAGCCGCCGGUGUCGAGGUCAAAGUCGAACUUCCUGGUGUUGGCUUCAACCUCCAGGACCACGCUCACUACUCCAUCUCGUUCAACUUCACUAAGAACUUCAGUCCUAAUCCCGCCGACCUCGGGACGGACCGCAACUUCUCCGAGCAAGCCCUGGCACAAUGGCGCGAAGACAAGUCCGGCCCCCACUCCGCCAACGUCAACUCCGGAGCAUUCCUACCACUGUCCUUCCUCUCCAACCGCUCAAGUGAGAUCAUCGACGCCUGGCUCGCCCAGGACCCCGCCGAGUACCUUCCCGAAAACACCCACCCGACCGUUGUCGCAGGCUACGAGCAGCAGCGCAAGGUCCAAGCCGAACUAUUCGACUCCAAGAAGUCCGCCGAGCUUGAGUGGCUCUUCUCGGGCCGGUCGAGCUUCAGCAUCAUCAUGAUCAAGAUCACCUCGCGCGGCACUAUUCUCCUGAGUCCCGAGGACGACGGCGAUGCGCAGGGCCACGUCGAGCCGCUCGUUGACUGGCGCACGUGGAGCAACCCCAUCGACGGAAAUAUUACGGUCGAGUUCCUCAAGUUUGCGCGCUGGUUCAUGCAGAGCCCCGCCAUGCAGGAGACUUUUGCUCCCGUUGAGCUUUCGCCCGGUCCUAACAUUGAGACGGACGAGCAGAUCCGUGCUUGGAUCCAGACUCGCAUUAGCCCUAGCAACGGCCACUUGAUCGGCACGGCUGCGCUCGGCCCUAGGAGUCUCGGUGGUGUUGUUGGCCCGGAUCUGUUGGUCCACGGCGUCCAGGGCCUGAGUGUUGCGGAUAACUCUAUCAUGACGACGAUUGUUGGUGCUCAUACCAGCUCUUCUGCCUAUGCCAUUGGCGAGAAGGCUGCCGAUACCAUUCUUCGAAGGGCUAAGAAGAACGGCGAUACUAAGGAGGAGGCUCCUGCUGAGGAGCCUACGGAGGAGGAUGAUGCCUGUGUCGAGGACCCUGAGGAGGAAGCCCCGGUUGAAGACGCCCCCGCCGAGGAAGCUCCUGUAGAGGAAACCCCCGAUGAGGAAGCACCUGUUGAGGAGGAAGCACCCGUUGAGGAGGAAGCACCUGUUGAGGAGGAAGCACCUGUUGAGGAGGAGCCAUGA